AUGGCUGACUGGAGCGGAUCAUCCAGACAACCUGUGUCUGUGAUUAAAGAAGACCUGAGAAUAGUGAUCCUGGGGUCACACGCAGAUGUUAAAGUCUCCUGUGGAAACACAAUCCUGGGACGAAAGGCCUUCUUAGAGUCGAUGUCCUCCCUGAAUUCAUUUGAGAGGCAUGAUGGGAUUGUUUUGAAGAGACGUGUGGUGGUACUCAACACUCCUGACCUGCUCAAUCCUGCUCUCUGUCCUGAAGAACAAGAUGUGAAGAAAUUGUUCCAUCUGUCUGGUCCUGGACCUCAUGCCCUUCUUCUGGUCCUCAAGCCUCGAAUAUUUACAGAUCUAGAGAAAGAAGCUCUCAAGCACAUUAACAUCAUUUUUGGUGCAGGUGCAUCUGAGUAUGUGAUUGUCGUCUUUAUGCAUGAGGAGUUUGUGAGUGUUAAAGAAUUUGACAACACUGACAACAGAUCAGUAAAGGCUUUACUCCAGACUUGCAGACGACCACACUAUCAUCUACAGAAGAAUGGAAACCCAUCACAGGUGCAGAAUCUUCUGGAGAACAUUGAGAAGAUGGUGGAGGAAAAUGGAGGCAAUCCCAUGAAGAUUUCUGAUGACCCAAGGCCAUUUCUGAUGACAAAAGAGCCAAACAAAAUGCAUCUGGAGUCCUUAAAGAGGUCGGAAAUACAUGGGAAAUGCAAGAGAUCAAAAUCCACUCGUAAUAUAAAAGACUUGGAGUGUGUGAGGAUCGUCCUGAUUGGAAAAACUGGCGUAGGAAAAAGUGCAACAGGUAACACCAUCCUGGGACGCAGCAUGUUUCAAUCAAGGGCUGCAAUGAAGUCUGUGACCAAGAUGUGCCAAAGAGAGAGUGGUGUGGUCUGUGGUCGACCCAUGACUGUGGUGGACACACCAGGACUCUUCGACACAAGCCUCAGUAAUGAAAAGAUCCAGCAGGAGAUCAUGAGAUGCAUUGAACUCUCGGCUCCUGGGCCGCACGUGUUUCUGCUGGUCAUCGCUGUCGGCCCAAUCACACAAGAAGAGAGAGAAACCGUUCAACUCAUCAAGAGGACCUUUGGACAGAAAGCAGAGGCCUACACUAUGGUGCUGUUCACACGAGGAGAAAAUCUCGCAGAUCAAAGUAUUGAAGACUGCAUUAAAGAAGAUCAACAAGUCCAACAACUGAUCCAUGACUGUGGAGGAAGAUUUCAUGUGUUCAAUAAUAAACAGAAAGAUCCUGGUCAGGUUGUGAGUCUGUUAAACAAAAUCAGUAAGAUGAUGUGGAGUAAUAACCCCAGUUUCUACAAUGACAAAAUGAUUCAGGAGGUGUUUCUGGAAAGAGAGGUGGAGGUCAGACGAGAAAUGAAGGCUAUUAAAGUCAAAUACGAGUCUGAAAUUCAAGAAAUUCAAGACAAACUAGAGAUGGAAAAAGCUAAACUGAAGGUUAGAGAUCUUCUGUUCAUGGAGACAGCGCAGAGCACAAUGUUGAGAAAAUAUAAGGCAGAAAUAAUGACAACAGAUACAGAACAAACAUAUGAGAAAAAGAAAUCCCAUUUUGAGAAAGAGAGGAAAAAUGAUGAGAAAGAGCAGAAAAGUCAGCUUUUGGAAACAACAGAUAUGGAUAGAAAAAGAACAGAAACAGAACAAGAAGUAACAGCAAGAGAAUCUGAUCGAGAGAAAAAGCAACAUAACCAAACUUUUAAACGGUUUGGAGAAUUAAGAAAAAGUGCAAGAAAAUGGGGGCAAAAAAGUGAAAGGAGGAUGAAAGAAUCUGAAGCAGCAUGUGGGAAAGAGAAAAGAGAAAAACUCAAAUAUACCAUCACAGAUCAAGGAGACAAUACCUUCAUGAAACCAGGAGAGCAGACUGACUCCAUAAAAGAGGAAGAAAACAUGGACUCGCCACAAACUAAUGAAGGGAAGACAGACACAGAGAAAGAGAAACUUCUGCUUCAGAACAUUGAGGAAUUAAAGCAGAAGAUGGAAGAGCUCAUGAGGCAGUACAGAGAAUUUACAGAGAUCAAUUCUGAAGAACAGAAAACUCAAGAAGGGAAAGCUGGCACCAAGAAAAAGAAAAAAUAUAAAAAUCCCUGUGUGGUUCACUAACAGGGG